GCUCCAGUAAUUCAUGGCAGAUUUCUAACACGCGCUUUCUUCACUUGGGUUCUACAAGCAGCAUUGUUGAGCUCCAUGCAGUUUACACACUACACACCAGGACGCCUCCCACCCAAUAGGGCCGCGUCCAGUCCUGCCACCUUGCAGAUAUUCUCCAUCAAGCUCCCCGAAGUAGCUGGUGACCUCCAUUGGCCGUUGUCUGUGUAUGGUAAAGUUGUCGUCCGAGAUGUCGUGGAUCGCAACCGCAACUUUAUCUUCUCCCGUCGUAGGGAAAAUUCUCAAGAGUUGACACAAGAUGAUCCUUUUCUGCGCUUGAUUGGUCCGUCUCGUGCUGUCGUAUAUACAGACAGGGUCACCUUUGAAAUCCAGCUAUACGUAAAAGGUACAACAAAGUCUCAAGAUAAGCCAUUGAUCACUCAAGCGCGUGAUUACCACGAACUAUUCGGUGAUGCAUCUACCGUGUGCUUUAAGAAUUGUUUCUGCACGAUAGAGUUACGCGUGCAGGUUGUUGAAAGAACGACCCAGGCCACAAUCUUGGGCGUCCAGGCUGAUAUAUCCGCUGGUAAGCCAUAUCCUUUUGAAUAUGGUGCCCGGGUUAUUUGUUCCCCACUACCAGGGAAAUCGAAGUACCCUGAAAUUGUGAUGGUUGAUUCAAAAGAUGGAGCAAUGCUGAAAGGUUCCGAUGGUUACCUACAUCUGCCAAGGGAUGUUGUUUCUGUAGACUAUGAAGGAAGGUUGGAUGUUGAGAUACAAGCCUACUCCAAAUCUGGUAAAAUUGUUGCAAAGAAGCAUGUCAGUUUCCUGCCCAGAUUAAGCAAAAUAAGCCGGGGAUGUUGUACCAUUCGUGGCGUUGAGGUGGUGAUUACCGUUGCUUGGUCGCGUGUCGCUGAGGACAAGCUUGAGGUUAUGGCAUUUGGAUCUUUGGUUCAAGAUCGUUGCUCCUGAUAUCCAUGUGGGUUACUGGAGUUUGCUAGUAGUAUUUUUAUAUCAGUUAGCUAGGUAAUUUGUCCAACUG